AUGGAUUUAACAAUCUACAGCGAUGUUCCCAGUGAUACGCCUGGCACGUACUGUCGCUUUUGCUUCCGCGAAACCAGCCUGGUACCAAUCUUUCAUCCCACCACAAGUGAACCGCUGAACCUGGAGCUGAUAACGGUAAUCGUGGAUUGCAUUGGCGUUUUGUUAAAACCCGAGCUGGACUUCCCGUCUGCAGCGUGCCAGAGCUGCCUGCAGCUCAUGCAGGAGUUCCAUCACUUCCGAAGGCGCGCCCGAGAAUACGACAAAAUCAUACGGUCCAAGAUUUUACCGCGAAUCGAACCGGAAGUGAUCAUCGUGAAGCAGGAAUCGGUGGACAUCGACAACCUGUACGAUCAUGAGCACGCCGCAGACAAGGAGAGCAGUAGUAGCAGUACCCUCACAGCAGACGAAUCUCGUGACGCUCCUAUUGAUGUCCUUGAUCAGCUGCAGCUGCUGCAUCAUCAGCAUCAGCUGCAGCAACAGCAGCAGCUGCUGUUGCAUCAACAGGUGCAGAACCUGCAACAAAAUGAUGCCCAGUACCAGCGGCCACAGGAUCACCAAAUGCACCACGAAGAGCAGGAACCAAAGUUUAGCAUGAGUGCCAUUUUCAACGCGCAAGCAGCAAAUGCCUUGGCCGCAGUAGCAGCGGCUGCAGCGGCCGCCCCAAUCCGCACCCAAACACGUAGUCAGUCGAAACGACAGCCCCCGGCAACCGGGACCAGUGCGGCACCGGCACUCGAAGAUAACCGAUGCAUGGUGUGCGGCGAAAAAUUCCAAUCCCGUGACGUAUGGGUAGCGCACUUGGCGGUGCACACGGUCGAGCGACCGUUCCAGUGCCACAUUUGUUUGGCGCAGUUUAAAACCAAAUACGUACAACAGAACCAUAUCCGGACGGUGCACGAAAACGUCCGCAGCUACCGGUGUCCGAUCUGUACCGAGCCUAGUCGAAUGUUUAAGAGCAAGCGCACGCUCGAGGACCACAUGCGCUACCACACGGGCGAGCGGCCGUUCGUGUGUUGCAUUUGUAAGAUAACCUUCUCGUCGGGAUCCGUGCACCGCAAUCACAUGUACCGGGUGCAUCGGGAGAUGCGCAAAAAGGAUCGCCGCUGCAACUACUGCGGUAAGGUGUUCGAUCGCAUUCUCGACCUGAAACGCCACCAAACGAGCUACUGUGAGAAAAUCAUCGGCCGGGAAAUGGCCGAUCGAUUAUAGGCAACUGUGCCAACGAUUUGAUGGGGUUCUUCGUAGGGUUCCUCGAACAGAUCGGUGGAGAAGCCCCCGGCAUGAAAGGGUCGGGGGAAAUA